GGCGGCCUACCUUGAGUGGGCAGGUUCCCCGUCGCAUCGCCGCGCCGCCGGCACUCGGCUGAUCCCGCAGCGCGCCUCCGCGUCUCAGUGACCAGUGACUCGCCAGUCGCCACUCGCACAGUCCGCACCCGGUCGCCGCGUGUAUAUUAAAAUGACCGGCUCGAAGUUGGCGUGGUGGUACGCGUAUUUGUCAUUGUUUACUAUUGUGGCUGAGGCAGUUCUCUCCGGUUUAUAUAUUGACAAUGGUGUGGAUCAAACUGUUAUACAUCACUCGAUGACGCGGCAUGAACGGAUGGUAGUGGAACACGAGAUACUGGAACUUCUUGGACUCGGCGAGAGACCACGGCGUUCAAGGACGCCCCCGUUGGAUCGUUCUGCUCCAAGUUUCUUAUUGGAUGUGUACAAACAGUUGGCAGAGGAACAUGAGCAAGCGCGUCCCACGCGCAGUUCAGAGAUGGCUCUCAGCGGAGAAGAGCAGCAUGCAAUUGACGAAAGUGAUCUAAUUAUGACGUUCCAAAGUAAAAGACAUCAUUUGGGAGCUCUGCGACAUGGUCACGGCAGACAUGUGUGGUUCGAGGUGGCUGGAACUCCUGGUGAUGCAUCAUCCCUUCUGACGGCGGAACUGAGACUACACCAGUCAGCUACGCACAAUGAGGAGGAUCCGACCAGCCUUUAUACAGUCGUCGCCCACCGAGUCAUUAGUGUAGACAAUGUGGGGAGUCUUCAAAUGGAACAAGUGGCAGCUGUGAACACGAGCGCAGGUGCUGAAGGCUGGCUCGAGCUCAAUGUCACUAAGGCGCUGGCGACUUGGCUUUCUUCGCCCGCUGAUAACCGUGGAUUUUUUGUUACUUUGCAUCCUCAUUCACAGCCUGAGCGACACGUAAAACCAGAGGUGAUCGGUCUGGAAGAACCCCGAGGCGUGUCGUCAGAAGGAAAACAACCGUUUUUAGUAGCAUUUUUUAAAAGCGGUCCCAAAUUAGGCAGCACUGAUCCCGGAGCGAGGCGAAAACGAGAAGCGAAACGUAAUCACGGCUACUCAGAAAACUACCUUAGGAACCCAUUAACAGAUACAGCUCAUUGGACAACGAGAAGUUGUGAGAUUCAAACUCUAUACGUUAGCUUUAAGGAUCUCGAGUGGCAAGAUUGGAUUAUUGCACCAGACGGGUAUGGUGCGUUCUAUUGCAGCGGCGAGUGCAAUUUCCCCUUGAAUGCGCAUAAAAAUGCUACCAACCAUGCCAUUGUGCAGACUUUGGUGCAUCUACUUAAUCCAACUACGGUGCCGAAGCCGUCGUGUGCGCCGAUCAAGUUGUCGCCCAUAUCCGUCCUCUACUACACGGAUGACUCUAACGUAAUCCUGCGAAAAUACAAGAAUAUGGUCGUCAAGAGUUGCGGAUGCCACUGAUAGAAAUUUACUUAAUUCAUGUAAAAUGGAUUUCAUUUUAAUAACCUAGAUCGUUUAAAGAUCUGUAUUAUUGAUUGAAUUUGAAAUUCACUAAUUGUAACUUUUUUAUGUUCAAUUUAGUUUAUUUUGUAGCAAUGGAAGAAAUUUUGCGUCAAUCAAUACUCAUAUAGAUCGUAUUAUUUUGUAGGUGCUACAUUUAAAACAACUGGCUACAUAUUAAAACAGAUCUUAACUGCACUCCACUAUUGAAGAGAAGGUAUUAAAUUGAAUAUGCAACUUUUCUGUAGAUUUUUAGUACUAAAGCACCUUGCGCCUGCACAUUAUUAUAAUAAGUCGUGAUUACUAACGAAUGUAAUGAAAUGAACGUGUAAAUAUGUUUUAAAAUGUACAAUCAAUUUGUUGUCCACUUGUCAUAUGUGACGUAUUUCUAUGUUUUUUUUUUAUGAUCGUAUUCUUAGAUUUCCUGUAAACAUGCUGUAUAAUAUAGCAGAAUGUAUGUAGUAAUUGGAAAGUUGUUUAGUCUGAUAGGAUAUUAAACCUUAUAAAAUUAAAAACGUUGAUUACCUUAAGCAUUGCGCGCGCAUUAUUGUUAUUGCCCUUUACAUCAUACAUUUUUAAUAACCUAAUAUCUUUUGGGGUAUCGUAGAAUCAAAACUGUCGUGUCGACACCAUCUGUGUCCGACAGACGCGGCCGCCUGCGUUUCGUUCAUCAUUGAAACGCGCUGAGAGAGAUAAGUACUGCUACAGAAAAAAGGCAUAUAUACUCUGCUACCGCUGCAGAGAAGUGGCGGGUCAUUAGAAAAAUCAUAAAAAUGGUAUCUGUCAAUUCAAUUAAUGAAACUCGAAAUGUAAUUUUAUUUAAAUUUAAUACAAUAUGAACGUGUCUAGUCAUAGGAGAUUUUGAGAUAAGUAAUUACAGAAUUUUAUAAAAUUAACAACGAAACUCUUAAUCAAAUCCAAAGUAGGCAUCGCAGGUAAUUUUUUUGCAUUGCGUUUAUGCAAAUAUUGCAGUUAAAAUGAUGAUUAUGAUGUUUUCCAUGAACAUUAAUACUUAAGAUUAAUAUUUAAUAUAACGGAUAUGGGCGAAAUAUUUAACAUGUUAUAAUUUUCUUUUUAUAUUUUUUUCACCUGCUCUUUACUUGCCCUAAUAACUGAGGAAUGGGUACGAAGCUAAAUACUAGAAGAACGCCUUGCGUAAAUGUUCUUACUUAGAUACUAUGUAUAAUAUACAUCCAUAGAUCCACAGAAAAACAUUAGCUUUAAUGGUCUGACCGCCCUGGGGUUUAAUUCUUUUAGUUUAAACUGUAAAUUUGACAAGCAAGAGAUUGAAUUGAUUUGAAGCAUUGACUCUGAAACAUCUGUUCAUGAGUUAUGUAAUGGCAACUUACUAAGUACACUGUACCCAUUAAUUUCAGCAGUUUUUGAUAAAUGUGCGGAGUUGCCUUUAGACAUAACAUGGUUUUUAUAAAUCAUUGCUGUUCGAAAUAAAACUCGUGUUCGGACUUAAGUACUAUUAAUUAUUUCGAACUCUUAUAUAACAAAAUCAUUAUUAAAGCUGUUUUUAAUAUUACAGUAGGUAUUUAUUGGAUGAAAUUAUCGGCAGAUAAGCAUGAUCUUCGUCAGAUAAUUUUUUUUAUUUAUUUAUUUAUUAUACACAGGAACAUCAACAGUUUACACAUACAAUUAAUAUUAGUUCAGUUUUCUUAGUAUAGUAUUGUUCUUAUGUGCUUACCAAAUAAAGAUGUACCAACAUGCACAAAUACACUUAUUACGAACAGACUGUUAUAAUAAUACUGUUAUAAUUUGGUAUACCAAAUACUAUCUGACGAAGACUAUGGCUCAUAAGCCACUUUUGUCCAUUGAAAUAUUGGAGUGACGUACUUAGUGCUAUGGGUACAGAAUAUGUCCUUAAUGCUUAAUGUGUAGUCAUGUAGGUACUUAUAAACGUCACAUAUUUUAGAUAACAAUAUUAUUUAUAUAAUAGUCUCAUAGUGCCGUAUCGAGAACAUACAAUAUAUGAUAAACGACGAAAGAUUACGCGUCGUUAUCGAGUUUGUGACGGUGUUUGUGCAGAGAUUUAUUUACUUACAAAAUUUCAGUCCAUAGGUACUACUGGACAAAAUGAAAAAAAAAAUUAAAGUACCGACUAAGUUUUAAAAUGCCCAAAUUGAAAA